UUUCCCUUGAAGACCUGACGCCUACCAAGAGGAGUAAGAGGGAAAGAUGUGACAAAGAGCUGCCAGUGGUCAGGUCUCCGCUGCACGGCGUGGCGGAAGAGCAGGCCGCAGCUAGGAUCGGCAGGUUUAUGCUGGUAGCCGCGUGGAGACGCCGCCGGGACGAGCUCCGAUGUUUGCGCAAAACCCUCGAGACGCAGGUGUCGUGCUCCGAGAGACUCCGUAUCCAGGUGUGCGCGCUCAAGUCGCUGCUGGACUCCGACAACGCGAAAGUGCGGCUCGCCAUCCGAGAGCUGGAGAGGCUGAAGCAGUUGCUGCGAGACAAAGACAUCGAGAAGGCCGUGCUCGAACAGGAGAAGCGCGCCUUGGAGGACGACGUGUGCGCCGCCGAAGACCGCGCUUCAGAAAUGAGCAUAGGUUGGCGCAACGCCCGAAACGAGUUGGAAAGUGUUCGCGCGUCGGCCGCGUGUUGCGAGCGCGCGCUGGCGCUGGAGCGGGCCGCGCUCGCCGAGGCGCGUGCGCACCGCGACCACGCCUACCACCGGAUAUCCCUGCUGGAGGAGGAGUUGUCGCAGCACGAGGCGGCGCUGUGCAGCGCGGAGCGCGAGGCGGCCGCGCUGCGCCGCGCCGCGGACGAGCGCCAGCGCGCGCUCGACGACACGCGGCAGCUGCUCAGCGCAGAGCACGAAGACCGCGAGCGCUGUUCGCGCGAAUGUUCGGAUUUGAAGGUUCGCGUAGCGAUGGGCGCGGCGGAGACGGCCACGCUGAAAGCUGUGGUGGAAGAGCUGCGCGCUGCGCUGGCCUGCCUCGACGCGCAGCUCCGCGUCACCAAGGAACAGCUGGAGUGGUGGCCGAGACCGCUCACCAGAAUGCUGGGUAUGGCAAGAUCAUGGCUCCGGCAUCCGAUGUCGAUGCCAGAGGCCAUCUUUUGGACAUUGAUUCCCGCCCGACAAGGCUGUUGAUAAUGUGUUGGCAAAAAAGCGAGUUGACUACCAGGUAAAUGCGCAGAAACCCCAUAGUUAAAUGUAACAUAAUAUCAUAAAAAGUAAACACCCCAUGUAAACAAGACAAAGACAUAAAAAGCAAGAUUAUUUAGCAAAUAAAAUUAUUGCAAUGUUAUCGCAUACAUAUUUAUAAUCUUAUGAUAGCUACUUAAAUAAAUGGAUAAAGAGGUAAUAAAUAGGUAUAUAAUAGAUGGUAGAAACACCAAAACAUACCGAUGACGAAUGAACAGUUGCAAUAAAUAUUCGGUAGGUAUUUGGUAAGUAUUUUUUAUCAUAACUAUUUUUAACGUUUAUGUAUGUAUUGUAGUGUGUUUUGUAAGUUUUAGAGUUUUAUAAGAAGUUAUCAUAUUGGUAGAAUGUUUAGCUUUAAUAAAUUAUGUUAUAUACUUAA